AUGGACGCCGUCUUGCGGAAGGUGCAGGAGAAAAUCCAGCAGAACUUUCGUCGUGGCGGCGGCGGCUCAAGGUUCUUCCGCACCGCAAGGCGUGGCGAGGGAGUAGAGCUGCGCGAGGAACUCAACAGCAACGACAGGGAGAGGCAGAAGAAUGCCGUGAAGCGCAUCAUUGCCGGCAUGACUAUGGGCCGCGAUGUCAGCUACCUCUUCAUGGACGUCGUCAAGCUCGGCCAGACCCCAAACCUCGAGCUCAAGAAGUUGGUCUACCUGUACGUCCUCAACACAGCCAAGCUGCAGCCCGACAAGGCCCUCAUGGUGGUCAACACCUUUCUGCAGGACACAACCAACAGCUCCCCGAUUGUGCGUGCCCUUGCAGUGCGCACGAUGCUGUGCAUCCGCGUCGACGCGGUGACUGAGUACACCCUGGAGCCCCUCCGACGCGCCGUGGCGGACCAUGACCCGUACGUUCGCAAGACCGCCGCCAUCGGUCUUGGAAAGUUGUUUCAUCAAAACAUGCCAAUGUUUAGGGAGCAGGGGUUUGUUGCGGAGCUUUUGAGGCUGCUGAAUGAUACUUUCCCUAUCGUCUCCGCCAACGCGGCGGCCGUUCUAACGGAAGUGAACAACCACAUCCCAACCCCCAUUGUGCCACCGGGCGACUACGUCAACCGCCUCCUGCAUCACCUGCCGGAGUGUACGGAAUGGGGUCAGUUGUCUAUUCUGGAGCUUCUUGCCGAUGCAAAGCCCAAAGACGCGGCGGCGGCAGAGGACAUCAUUGCCAGAGUACUGCCGCGACUUAGCCACAGCAAUUCCUCUGUUGUGAUGGGGGCCAUCAAGGUUGUGGUGAAUCUUGCCAACCGAUGCAGCCCCGUGGCUGUGACGAAUUUCAGCGCGAGAGUGAACUCUGCCCUAGUAACACUUUCGAGGGGAGAUCCGGAGACGCAGUACGUGGUUUGCAAGAACAUUCACGCCAUACUGGUAGUCUUUCCCAACUUAAUUUGCAACAGCCUCGACUCCUUCUACGUCCGCUUUACAGACCCGCCGUACGUCAAACUUGAAAAGCUGCGACUUCUGCUGAAACUCGUGACACCCUCGACGGCGGUCCAGAUAUUAAAGGAGUUGGAUGAAUACAGUUCAGAAGUGGAUUUGGUGUUUGCGGAGGAGGUCGUGAAGAGCAUUGCGACCCUUGCGUUGAAAAUUGAUUCGGUUGUCUCAAACUGUGUGGAUUUGCUCUUGCGCAUUGUUGCGGCGCGGCCGGAGCUGUUGCCGCAGGUGAUCACAAGCUGCAAGAACAUCGUCCGCAAGUACCCGGAGCAGCUCGUUCUGGAGACGCUGAUCCUCGAGCACGGCGCCGAUGCCGUCCUGGAGGAGGACGCGAAGGUGUCGCUUAUCUGGAUGUUGGGCGAGUUUUGCGACUUCAUCGAGAAUGGGAAGCAGAUCCUCACCCGCUUCAUUGACGAGCUGAUGUCCCACGAGCAGACAGUGCAGAUGGCAAUUCUUAGCGCCGUCAUCAAGAUGUUUUUACGCGACCCGGUGGGGAUGGAGCAGACGCUCAACGUUGUGCUGGAGACCCUGACGACGCGAAGCGACGACCCCGACCUGCGCGACCGCGCCUACGCCUACUGGCGGCUCCUCUCCAAGGGGGUUGGGGUGGCGAAGAUGAAGCAGAUCGUGCACGGGCAUCAUGCCCCCAUCACAGUGGAGUCCACCUUCAGCGACGCCAUGACGAUGGCGGACCUUAAGAAGUCCAUCAACACAGCGGCGGUGGUGUUUGGUAAACCGUUCCAAUCCUUUCUUCCGCCGUACGGCAUCCUAAACGACGAUGCCAGCGAGGAGGAGGAGGAGGAGGUGGAGGCGGAGGAAAACGUCACGGCCGCGCAGCCGGCCGCCGUUUCCCCUGUUUCAGUUGCUUCUCCGAACGAUCCCGCAUCCGUAGUCAGCGGUGCUCCCGCCGUGAAGCACGUAGACCCACUGGAUGAACUGUUCGGCGGCCCAUCUUUAACAUCGGCGACGCAGCCGCAACCGCGUGAGGAGCAAUGGCAAAAGCAAGAGUUAUCGUUCAGUCAUACUGAUUUCUUUGCCGCACAGACUCCACAGCAGCAGCAGCAGCAGCGCGAACAAGAGCAAGAUCAACAGCAGCUUCCACCGUUGGUUCUUCCAGCAGGGAGUGUUGAAGUGGAUGUGCAUUGUCAGCUGGUGGAGGGGCCCGCGCUGUGGAUCGCCCUGGUGAACCACCAAGCCGUGGCAAUUGAGCGGCUCCUGCUGCAGAUCAAUUUGAACAUGUUGGGGUACCUUCCCGAGGCCGGGCUUGCCGAAUUCAUGGCCUCCGUGCCAGCUGGUGAAACACGCUCGGUGCGGUUGCCGCUGAAGGCGGCGCAAGGGCACUUGGACGUCGCGCGUCCAGCACUGGAGGUUGGAGUCAAGGGGACGCAUCUGCCGCUCCUGAUCUUCCAGGUGGAGGUGCCAGCGGAAAGUAUUUUGGCGCAUUCCGGCCCAAUAGAAAAAUCGGACUUCGUAGCUGAGUGGCAGGCGAUGAAUGAAUCGGCGGAGGCCAAGCAAACGCUCGGUGAAUUUGGAGAAAAUAUGCUUCUUUCGCCCGAUCGGCGCGGCAUUCUGGAACGCAAUCAUGUCUUUCUCCUCGCACCGGAGCGUGAUUCAGAGGACUUCAUCUCAUACCACGGCAAGGUGACCACCACGCUCGGGUUCCACGGGCUGCUUGAAAUUCUCCUCGACAAGAAGAGGCCGUCGCAAAGUCAGUUGUGCCUCAAAAGCCAGCACGUGGGCUCGAUCAUGCCACUUUUGCUGAAGGUGAUUCAGUCUGUCUUUCCCAGGCGGGCGGUGGCCCGUGGGGCGGCGGAGGCGGAGACAUCCAGUGACCACGCAUCGGGGCUGGACAACUGGUUCGCUUGA